GAUUAAAUGUUCGAGAUCUAUCGUAUUUCAUGGCGUCAAUGCCUGUCUUUGUUGCCAAGAUACAACACACUUAGCAUUCACAUUUCAUCAAUAAAGUCUCAAGAAGUUCCUCGAAAUGCUUCUUGGGCUUCCUCCCGGUAUCGAUACGAGAUCUACAAAGUGAAGUAGUCGGAGAAAGCUUUGUUUACAAGAUGGGUGAACCUGUUUGCGAAGAAGAUUGGUUGGCGCUCGUAGAUGAGGCCAGCAGAAACGCGAGAGAUCUGGAGCAGCGCAUCGAAGUUGUCGAAUUAUAUAAACGCGCCAUUGCCGCAGAGCCUUGGAGCAACACACUUUGGUUGGCAAGAUGUGACUGGGUCUUGUCAUUGUACACAGAUUGCCGGGAUCCAGAUGCAGGAUGGCCAGAGGAAGAGCAAGAGCUUGGACAGGAAUUAUUCUCAUUACAGACCGUACAGGAUCUUUGGCAGGAAGCUGCUGCAGCUACCCAAUUCCGGUUGAAUGAUAGCCAUGAGCUAUGGAACAGGUGGAUAACCAUUGAAUUGGAAGAGCUUGCAAAAUCACCCAGUCGCGAAUAUGUAGAGCGCAUCCGCAAAAUAUUUUUCGAUCGUCUACAAACUCCACACGCUAAAUGGGAUGAGACUUCGCAGAUGUUCUCGACAUUUCUCACGAAAUAUGACGAACCUUCUUAUGAAUCGACGAUGGUGCAAAUAACACAGAUGGGUAGCGGUGCAAGAUAUCUGUAUGCACAGCGCGAAGAGCACGAAUUGAGGCUUCAGCAUGCUAUUGCAACUGGCGAUAAGGAACGUGUAGCAUCUGUAAUGAAAGAAUACUUGGACUGGGAGACUUUACAGACAUUGAUGAAGCCUAAAAAGGGGUUGCCUCAAAGCCCUCCAAUUCUCGCAGCUGCCCUCUACGAACGCGCGUUGGCAUCGACUAUUCUGGGCCGAGAUUCUGGAACCUGGGAAGAUUACAUUGCUUUUGUUCAACAAAGCUAUACCGUAAAUCCAGAAGCUCAGUUAGGCAAUCCCCUCUACAUUGUGCAGCGAGCCACUGCACAUUGCCCUUGGUCUGGAAGCCUAUGGGCGCGAUACAUACUUCUCGCAGAAACAGAGAACUUGGAUUUCUCCUCGAUUGAAGACAUAAAGCAUGCCGCAACCAGCACUGGCGUAUUGGAUCGUGAAGGGAAAAUGGAUGAGGUAAUUGAGGUCUAUACAGCUUGGUGCGGAUACCUCAGACGUCGAACACUCAAUCGUGCAGCAGAGGUACGUUACAUGAAAUUUUCUUUGAUUUCUACUCUAUCAAUCAUUCACUUUAUAACAUGGAUGGGUGCUGCUACUGGCCUCGUAAUCCUUUUUUAUACGAGGAGCUACAUGACCAUAUCGCCAUGGCUGGAGGGGCUCAUGGCGACCCUGAUCUUUCCAUCGAGGAGCUUGAAGUCGUGGUUGUCGAGGUUGAGAAGAGGAUGAACAAGCGUGAUUUAGCCUGUAAAGUAUAUAAUAAGGACAAGGUCCGAAAAUUAAAGCACAAGGGUUAUACCAAGGCCACGGAUCAGCAGAGGUUCUUUUGUGGUCCCUGCAAUUAUACUUUUCCAAAUCUCUCCAACUCAAUAAGCCCGCUGGACACCUGAAGAAGGUUGCGGGUGCAGAGCUUGCCUCAGGGUCGGCUUAGAUGCUGGUCCAAAGAAUUUUCUGGAAUCUUUCCUACGUCAAUUUUAAAAUUAUACCAUUCUACUUUCGAUUUCUCUCUAUACAACAUUAUCAAUGGGACUCCCACUAACCAACCCUCAUUAGGACGAAGCAUUUGAUGUGGCUGACGCUGGUCUGCCUGGUUCACUUGAGGCAGUUCAGGAUUGGGGUCGAAGGCUUCACAAAAGGGAGUACACUGAUCCUUUAUUCAGAAUUGAGAGGAUAAUGAUACAAUACCUCACUCAAAAGGGGUCAAUCGAUGAAGCUCGUGAGUUUUGGAAAAGACUUGUGAACGCUCAUCAGAAAAGCUAUGUGUUCUGGCAACAGUAUUACUUUUGGGAAAUGGCGGUGCGAAACUCGAACCCAUCCUCCAACUUACCAUCUAUGGUUUUGUCCCGAGCUAUACGUACGAAAGAUUUAGACUGGCCGGAAGCGAUCAUGGAACUAUAUAUUGCACAUUGCAACAAUUAUGAAGACGCACAUGCUUUGCUAGCAGCUAAAGACUUGGUUCGCAGACAGUUCCAAUUAGUCACCAAGCGCAGAGAAAAGUUGGCCGUGGAGCAAGCGGAAUUGUAUGCUCAACAACAACCACAUGUUGUCACCCCAGAUCCAACGGACGAGGAAUCUCCGGGAAAUUCGAAGAGGAAACGUGAGCCGACCUCAGAAGAUGCCAAUGGUAACACCCACAAGAAGAUCAAAAAUGAGCAACCUGUAGCUGAUCCAGAGGCCUUGCGGCAACAGCAUUUGACAAGGGACCGAGAGAAUACCACCGUAAUAGUCACCAAUCUGCCCCCCGAGGUUACCCAGACCAAAGUCAGACAGUAUUUCAAAGAGUAUGGUCACAUCAAUAGCUUGACCCUCAAGACCGAACCCGACAAACUUUCCUCUACUUGUUUGAUCGAAUUUCGUUCGAAUGAUGACGUCCAGUCGGCUUUUCUACGUGAUGGAAAAUUUUUCGGUGAGAAUCAGAUCAAAGUCGAGCCCGGUACUGGUUUGACUCUCUAUGUAACAAAUUACCCACCUACUGCUGAUGAGAAUUACAUGCGUAACCUUUUCAAGGAUUGUGGUGAAAUAUUCAGUAUCCGAUGGCCAAGUCUUAAAUUCAACACGCAUCGUCGAUUUUGCUACAUUACCUUCCGUAAUGCUGAAGCUGCUUCGGCUGCCACCCAGCUUGAUGGAAAGUUACUCGAGAAUAAAUUUAAACUUGUAGCAAAAUAUUCCGAUCCAGCCAGAAAGAAGCAACGAGAAGGUGCCACGGCGGAAGGUCGAGAGCUUCACAUAACCAGCCUCGAUUUGAGUUUAAAUGAGGACGAUUUGAAGGAAGUGUUUGCAAAGUAUGGUCAGGUUGAAUCUGUCAGAAUUUUAAGAACAUAUAAGGGGGAAAGUAAGGGUGCAGGUUUUGUCGUCUUCGAGAAAAAGGACGAAGCAAAUUCAGCACUUGAAUUGGAUAAAACCAAGUUAAAAUCCUCAAUUCUUCAUGUUGAAUUGACGCAGUCGAGAAACUACAAACCUAUCGCAACCAGUAUAGAGAAGGGAACUUCAGCAUCUCCAGCCCCGGACGCUGAUGGAGAUUCUGCCAUGUCUCUAACUUCUACUGCGGAUCAUCCCAACAACAAUCAACAUGCUUUACACCAACCAUCAGAAAGUUCCAAUCGAACUAUUACUCUACUCAAUGUCCCUGAUACAAUCAAUGAUGCAAGAAUCCGUGCAAUUGCAGAACCAUUCGGUACCGUCAUAAAAGUCGUACUCCGUCCAGAUCACCAAGGUGCCAUCAUCGAGUACGAAGAUAUCAAUUCAGCAGGCAAAGCAUCUCUUGGUCUCGAAAAUUACGAGAUCGCUCCAGGUCGCAAAGUGAGAACAGGAGGGAUGAAAGAUUUAUUUGCCCAAUCAAGUGAAGUUAAAUUAGACCGUAUUGUCAUUGGACGAAAUGCAAAAAAGGAAAAGGAAAAGGAGAAAGCGGGUAAUAGUACGACUGCAACUAUGAGCACGAGUAAUCUCAUGCAGCAAAGUGCAUCGAUUAGAAGACCAGGUGGACGGGGUGGCUUGGGUCAAAAGAAAGGAUUGGGAUUCUCGGGGGCAAAAAAGUCAGAGCUAGAUUCGGAUGCCACUUCUAAACCGAAAAGUAAUGCGGAUUUCAAAAAGAUGUUUUUAAGUGGUGGGAAGGAAUAAAGGAUAUGCUUAUUAUUUUAUGAAUACAGUGUAUAUCGAUUGCUAGCUAUAUACGUGCUAAGGAUCGCCUAGAAUCAUUGCUAGCUAGGAUCGUUACAAAGUAGAUACACACACACAUACACAAACAGAUAGUGAAAUCAAAAGCUAAUAGUUUUUUUCCUUGCUUUUUUAUUCAUCU